CAAAACCAAACAAAGCUUAACAGACAACACUCACUCUAUCUCUUCACAGAACUCUCAAUCUCAUUUCCACUACGACACCCCACCGGCGCAACCCUCAGACUACCGUGAGCUCCGUCCUUCUCCGUUCAUCGACCACCGUACAAUAGAAUCUCUCAUCUGUCAAUCUGCCCCCGCCUCCUCAUUUUUCUUCAACUGUUGGUGCGUUCUAUUCUUCCCAAUUUUCUCUUAUGCAAAACCCCUAGAUUUAUCAACAAACCCUAAUAUCUUUUUUCCUUUUCAUUUAAUGCAAUUGAGGAUUAAAAUAGCUUAUUCAUUGUUUAAAUUGAUGAAUUCUCCAAUUUCAAUUUCCCUCAUUGAUUAAAUCAUUUUCCCCACUUUGCACAUUUUUCAUGUUGUGCUUUGUGAUUCUAAAAAAUCAUGGCUUUUCACGUAGAUUCACCUCAAUUUUCACGUUUAAAAGAAAAUCACUAUGUUAUUAUUCUUCUUCUUCAACACAAUUACAACCCAUAUCUCAAACUAUGGUCCAAAGGGUAUGUUCAUUGGUGUGUGAAUCUUACAAUCAACAUGCCCAUAUGAGAGUUUCAUCUCAAAGACUUCAUUUUGGGAUUGAGGUUGAUUUUUUAACCCAUGAACAAGCUGUUUCCGUUGUUGCUUCACUUGCAAGUGAUGCUGGUUCAAUGGUGGCUCUUAGUUUCUUCCAUUGGGCUAUUGGGUAUCCGAAGUUUCGACAUUUUAUGAGACUGUACAUUGUGUGUGCGACGUCGUUGAUUGGGAAUAGGAAUUCGGAGAAAGCUUGUGAAGUUAUGAGGUGUAUGGUGGAGAAUUUUUCUGAGGUUGGGAGGUUGAAAGAGGCUGUGGAGAUGGUUAUUGAAAUGCAUAAUCAAGGUUUGGUUCCGAAUACUAGGACGUUGAAUUUGAUUAUCAAGGUGACGAGUGAAAUGGGUUUGGUUGAAUAUGCAGAGUUGUUGUUUGAGGAAAUGUGUGUGAGAGGGGUUCAACCAGAUUCUGUUAGCUAUAGGGUGAUGGUUGUUAUGUAUUGUAAGAUUGGCAACAUUUUGGAGGCAGAUCGGUGGUUGAGUGCGAUGCUUGAGAGGGGUUUUGUGGUCGAUAAUGCAACAUUUACGUUAAUAAUUAGCAGAUUCUGUGAAAAGGGUUAUGCAACCAGAGCAUUAUGGUAUUUUCGUAGGUUAGUUGAUAUGGGUUUGGAGCCUAAUUUGAUUAAUUUCACGUGUAUGAUUGAAGGUUUGUGCAAAAGGGGUAGUAUAAAGCAAGCAUUUGAAAUGUUGGAAGAGAUGGUUGGUAAAGGUUGGAAACCUAAUGUGUAUACUCAUACAUCAUUAAUUGAUGGUCUUUGCAAGAAAGGAUGGACUGAGAAAGCGUUUAGGUUGUUUCUUAAGCUUGUUCGAAGCGAAAAUCACAAGCCAAAUGUGCUUACGUAUACUGCCAUGAUAAGCGGUUAUUGUAGAGAGGACAAACUAAACCGAGCUGAGAUGCUACUGAGUCGAAUGAAAGAGCAGGGAUUAGUACCGAACACCAACACUUACACAACUCUCAUUGAUGGGCAUUGCAAAGCAGGAAAUUUUGAAAGAGCAUAUGAUUUGAUGAAUCUAAUGAGUAGUGAAGGUUUUAGUCCUAAUGUAUGUACAUAUAAUGCCAUUGUUAAUGGCCUUUGUAAAAGGGGAAGGGUACAAGAGGCUUACAAAAUGCUUGAGGAUGGCUUUCAGAAUGGCCUGAAACCUGAUAGAUUCACCUAUAAUAUUCUAAUGUCUGAACAUUGUAAACAGGCAAAUAUCAGGCAAGCAUUGGUGUUAUUCAAUAAGAUGGUAAAAAGUGGUAUUCAACCUGAUAUUCAUUCAUACACCACAUUGAUUGCAGUCUUCUGUCGGGAAAAUAGAAUGAAAGAAAGUGAGAUGUUUUUUGAGGAAGCUGUGAGAAUCGGAAUUAUUCCUACAAACAGAACUUAUACAUCUAUGAUAUGUGGUUAUUGUAGAGAAGGAAAUUUGACCUUGGCUAUGAAGUUUUUCCAUAGGUUGAGUGAUCAUGGUUGUGCCCCAGAUUCUAUUACGUAUGGCGCUAUUAUAAGCGGGCUUUGCAAACAAUCAAAGCUCGACGAGGCUCGGGGUUUGUAUGACUCUAUGAUAGAAAAGGGACUUGUCCCAUGUGAAGUUACUAGGAUAACGUUGGCUUAUGAAUAUUGUAAGGUAGAUGAUUGUUUAUCUGCUAUGGUUAUUCUAGAAAGGCUGGAAAAGAAACUCUGGAUCCGGACGGCUACCACCCUGGUCAGGAAGCUUUGUAGUGAGAAGAAAGUAGGCAUGGCUGCACUGUUCUUUAAUAAGUUACUAGACAUGGACCUCCAUGUUGAUCGUGUAAUAUUAGCAGCAUUUAUGACUGCAUGCUAUGAAACCAAUAAUUAUGCUCUUGUUUCUGAUUUGUCUGCAAGGAUACACAAGGAAAAUCGUUUGGAAAUCAAAGUCACAAAAUAACAGGAAUAAAAAGUACUAAGAGAGCUUCGGCCUUCUUGUUGAUCCUACUUAGCUUAACUGCAGAUUAAUCAGAGUCCAAGGUUGCUUUUGGAAAGGAAGGGUUCAGACCAGAAAAAGACAACUUGCUUUCUAAUGCUGGCUGCUCCUGAACUGUGAACAAUAGGAUCUUGUGUUUAAAGAAGUAUUUGUGGGAUCUUCAUCUUGAAUAUUGCAUUAGCUUAGAGAUCAACAUUUUGAGGUGAUGAAGGAAAAAAAUUGUGUAACUUCUCAGUACAGCAGCUCAUCUUCUGGGAUGCUAUGCCCUUAUAUUUUGGGAUUGACUCGACUGCCCUCAUGUAGAAAGAAGUAUUUUACGUUCCAUUUGUUCCGUUCUAGGAAAUAGAAUAUUUUAAGCCUUAAGUUUGUAUUAGAGCCUGGUUUGGAAAACCCUUGAUGAAAUUUGAAGGAAACAAGUCAAGGCCAAAGUCAAUUGCUAAUGAUUUUGGUGAGGAGGUCGCUGUAGAAGGCUCUGGAAUGGGGAAGAAGCAUAAUGAGGGUCCAUGUUUGGAGAAUGCAACUGUAAGUAAAUGAAUUAGAAUCUGGGAAGAAAAACCUGCUCUUUUUUUUCAUGCAUUGAAAUCUCUCGGAUAAUUCUUGUGAAGAUGAAGAUGAAGAUGAUGUUUGUUUGUUGGAAACUGAAAGUCUGCUAUGGUUGCUGGUUUAACUGUUCGUCGUCCAAGGUGGUGACUGGACAAUCGGAUCUGCUGCAAUGCAGAUGACGAUACAGUUAGUAUAUAUGAAGCUGUUAGCUGGGGAAUCUGGUUUGUUGAACUUAAAAGUUGGAGUUUGAUGUCUUCUUCAUCGAGAGUACAAUGGAAUAGAAGAGAAGAGCCACAAACAACAUGGUGACCUAAACAGCAACAACUAACAUCAAGCAAGUAGCAACAUAAUUAGAUUCGAUUGAUCUCAAUUCACACAGGUAUGAGUAAAAUGAAAACUAUUGACACAUUCUAUAAAAGAGUGGAUACAAAUGCUACAAGUGGUUCCUCUCCAAUUGAAGCAUCCAACCUCAAUGUUUCACCUCAAGAACAAGAACAAGAACAAUCUCAUCCAAAACGCCAAAGACUUCGUCAUGAAGAAAUGAGUUGUUCUCAAAUUGAAGUAGAUCCAGGAUUGCGACCGAUGAUUUGGGACUUUCCUGUAAAUCAAAGAGAUGAAAUUCGUCGUGCCUAUCUUAGACGUGGGCCAUGCCAACCUAUUCUUAUAACGUAUCCUUUAUCAAAUGAUGAUCAUCCUCGUCGUUUUAAAGCUUCUUGGUUUCAAUUAUUUCCUUCUUGGUUAGAGUACUCUCAUGAAAAAGAUGCUAUCUUUUGUUUCUCGUGCUACCUUUUUGGUAGAGAGGCAUCUAACCGUCCAGGUUCUAACUCUUUCGUUGAAAAAGGAUUUAAUACUUGGAAGAAGGUAAAUAGCGGGGAAAAUUGUCCACUUUUAAAUCAUGUUGGAAACAAACCAAACUCCACAUAAUAUUUGUGUCCAAUCUUGUGAGGCUUUGUUGUCACAUUCACAACAUAUUGAACAACAUAUUGUAAGACAACGUCCAGAAGUGAUUGAGAAGAAUCGACUUAGACUCAAAGCUAGCAUUGAUUGUGUAAGAUGGUUGACUUUUCAAGCUUGUGCAUUUAGAGGUCAUAAUGAAGAUACAACCUCUAAUAAUAGAGGAAAUUUCAUUGAGCUGUUGAGAUUUCUAGGAAAUGCCAAUCCUAAAGUGGAUAGAGUUAUCUUACAGAAUGCUCCAUCUUAUGCUAGAUAUACUUCAAGUGAUGUUCAAAAAGAGAUUCUGAAAAUAUUGGCCAACAUGGUGAGAAACUCAAUCAGGAAGGAGAUAGGAAAUGCAAAAUUUUGUAUCCUUACUGAUGAAGCUCGAGAUGAGUCAAAAAAGGAGCAAAUGGCGGUCAUCUUGAGGUUUGUAGAUGGUGAUGGUUUAGUUCAAGAACGAUUCUUUGAUGUUGUCCAUGUUAGAGAUACUAGUGCAAUGACCUUGAAAAAUGAAUUGGUAUCUGUUCUUUCUCGUUUCAACCUUGAAGUUGAAAAUAUCCUAGGUCAAGGAUAUGAUGGUGCUAGUAAUAUGCGCGGUGAAUGGAAUGGCUUGCAAGCUUUGAUUCUUAGAGAUUGUCCUUAUGCUUAUUAUGUGCAUUGUUAUGCUCAUAGAUUGCAAUUGGCAUUGGUUGCGGCAUCAAGAGAAGUAGUUCAUAUUCAUGAAUUUUUUACGCAACUCACACUUGUUGUAAAUAUUGUUACUGCUUCUUCUAAAAGGCAUGAUCAAUUGCAAGCCGCUCAAGAAAUUAACAUCACAAAUAUGAUUGCUAAUGAUGAACUUCAAACGGGUAAAGGUGCAAAUCAAGUGGGUACAAUCCGGAGAGCUGGAGCUCUCAUUUUCAAUCCAUUUGUAGCUUAAUGAAAAUGUAUGAUGCAGCCUGCACUGUUAUUGAUGAAGGGGCUACUUAUUCUCAAAGAGGUGAUGCUUCUGCUGCUAGUAAAAUGCUAUCAUCAUUUGAAUUUAUUUUCAUACUACACUUGAUGUUUAAGAUCAUGGGAAUCACUAAUAUUCUUUGUCAAGCAUUGCAAUCACGCUCUCAAGACAUUUUAAAUGCAAUGCAUCUUGUUUCUACUUCAAAAGUACUUCUUCAACAACUAAGAAAUGAUGGAUGGUCUGAUUUGUUAGAAAAUGUGAAAUUGUUUUGUCUAAAACAUGAGAUAGAGAUUCCUGACAUGAGUGCACAAUAUGUCUUGGGAAGAGGUCAAUCCCGUCAAACAAAUGUAACUAUGGUGCAUCACUAUAGGAUUGAUAUUUUCUUGGUUGUGAUAGAUUCUCAGAUGAAGGAAUUAAAUUUGAGAUUUAAUGAACAAAACGUGGAACUUCUACGUUUAAGUACAACUUUGGAUCCUAGCAACAAUUACAAGGAAUUCAACAUUGAUAAUAUUUGCAGGUUAGCAGAGACUUACUAUUCUAAUGAUUUCACUGAGCAAGAAAGACUUCAUCUUAGUCUCAACAGCAACGAUAGAGAGAGCUUUCUCAUCAAUGAAAAAUCUCAAGACAAAACAAAGAAACAAAAUGAGUGAUGAUUUUCUUUCAAACAGCUUGGUUAUCUAUAUUGAAAAGGACAUUGUAAACCACCAAAAGUACGAUAUCAUUAGAAGGUUGCGGAAUACAAAUUCAAGUUCAACAGUAUUUGUUUUCGCUGGCAAAGUUGGAUUACAGAUUUGACAAAAUACAAUGUAGAUAAGCAGGUGAAAUUACAGUAAAAUGCAUAUUCACCCGUAAGGAAAAAUGAGAGGAUAUUGAAAUCCAAGAUAACUUACAUUGAGAAUUUCCAACAUGGUGAACUCGAGUACUUGGUAUAUGAUUUAGUUUGGAUGAAGUUAGAUCAGAAAUAGUUGGUGUAACAACAUCAGUCUUCGAGGUAUUGGAUUGAUUAGUGUUGUUAAUGAAAUUAGCUCCAUUGGCAGAUGUUUGAAUAGUAUGCUUUGUCCCAAGAUUGGAAGAUGAGGGGAAACCUGUUCUUGGUUUUCCAGUGGAUGCUCCCUUUUGAUGUAAAUGUUGUGUAGGAAUCUGAUUUAGUGUGGAUGAAGUAAUAUUGGAAAGUAGUUUCCUUAGAGCAUCAGCAUUGGUGGUUUGAAGUUUUCUCUUGUUGUUCAUGACUUCAACUGCAUUCCCAGAAGAGUUAGCAUUCCUCUUUGUUCCAACCUGGGAACAUGAGGGACUCAUAGUUUCCGGUUGUAAUACAAAAUGGGAAGCAAUUCAGGAUCUGGGAUAGUAAAGAAGCAGAACUUGUUAUAGUCAUGGAAAUGGGAAUAUAAACGCUUGCUUCUUCUCCUGUUUGAUGAGUUUGACUCUCUUUGAUGAAGAGUGCUUUGCAGGAGUGGUGUCAUCUUGGCCUUAGCAGUAGUUGAAGCUUCAGAGACAUGCUUGUCUGCAGCAACAGAUAGAUAGUUGUUGCUGAAAGGAAUCAUCUGAGAAAGGGUUUCAGCAUCCUUGAAGAAGUCAGCACACUUGAAUGUGCUAACUGGUGUGACUUGGCUGCUAGCUUCAGGGUCAUAUUCAGAAGUGCCAGAGAGGUCAACCUGGAGGUCUAUACAUACAAGAGGGAGAAACUAUGGUUGUUUGAUUAAUCACUCCUUCUGUCCUCUCUGAUCGUUUGAGGGUUCUCCCGUUCUUCUCUUCCCACCAAAUCAUAUUAUGGUAUCUUUUGAUUGGCUACAAGAAGAAGAAGUGUUCGAUGAUAUACAAGCUGUGUCCGCUACGUCGUCGGACGACGAUAGCUCCUCUGAUCAUGUUGUUGAGUUUGAGCAUUUGUUAGAAAAGAGUCUUGAUCUAAUGAACAACAAACCAAAUCGAAAAGACACAGAGGAAGAGUUUAUGAAAGAUUUUGUUAAAUCAUAUCCUUAUUGUUGUAACGUGGCGCUUGGAUAUCAUGAUUAAUUGGCUGAUUAAUAUUUUCAAUCGAUCUAUGAAUGGAGUUUUGGCAUACGAGAAGAUUGAAGAAAACAUUGAUAAAGUUCUAUAUCUUCUGUCAUACUUGCAACAACUCAGGAAGAUUAAUGGUCCUCAUUUGAUUCUCACACCCAAGUUGAUGAUGGACCAUUGGAUUGAUAAGAUUAAUAAAAUUGUUCCGGAGCUAAAUAUAGUGAAAUAUCUUGAUUUGAAGGAAGCUAGCUUAUCACAUUUACAUAUAUGUAUAGCUAGUUUUAAAGAUGUUGCAAAGGAGUCUAAACUCUCCAAAAUUAAAUGGCGAUGCACCAUUGUAGAUGACAUUCACUUGGUCACCAAAGAGAAGUCCGUGUUGUCGAAAAUGUUGAUGAGCAUUGAAUCAAGGAGUAGCAUGGUGAUAACUAGGACACUGCCAAAGUUGGAUGGCGACCUCUCUGAACUUCCUAUUUUUCUUAACUUCUGGCUGCCAAAAGUUUUCAUUACCAACAGAAAGUAUAAGUUUGGGCUUGCUCAGAAACCUGUUUUUAUUGAAAUGAUGAAAGCGGUAAGGGAAGCAAUUAAGUCAAUUUUUUUUUAAUAUGUUUAUAUACUUAUGUUUUUAUUUUUUGUGGAUUUCAGAUUUACAGCUCAUUUCCUUCUCAAUACCCUAAGUCAGAAUUACCCCAAAAUUAAGGAAACCAUUUUUAGGGUCGGAAUGUCGGAAGUUCAGAUGCAGUAUUAUCGUGCCUUCAUAGAGUCAACUAAUAUGUGGGUAUGUGAUAUUUUAACAAACAAUGGCAAUUGCUCUAGAGAGGAUGAAGAAAAACUAUUGAAGCUUGCUAUUAACCUUUGUGAAUGUUGAUGUCACCCAUAUAUGGUGCAACCUCUGCGUGGUCCUCCGCACAAAAAUGAUAACCAUCUCAUUGAUAAUUCAGGUAAUAUUUAUUUGAGCAUUAAUAAAUUCACAGUUUCAUGUUCCAGUUUGAUGAUGCUUAUCUUUUUUGGAAAAGAAAAAAAAAAUGACAGGAAAGAUGGAGGUGUUUGUAGAAAUACUCAAUACUUUCCAAGAUCAACCUAAAAAACUUGUUGUAUUUUCAAAGGUUAGUUGGUUAUUAUUAUAACUAGUGAUACAACCUGCACAGUUUUCAUUUGUUCAAAAAAAAAAAAACUGUGCAGGUUUUUUUUUUGAACAAAUGAAAACUGUGCAGGUUGUAUCACUAGUUAUAAUAAUAACCAACUAACCUUUGAAAAUACAACAAGUUUUUUAGGUUGAUCUUGGAAAGUAUUGAGUAUUUCUACAAACACCUCCAUCUUUCCUGUCAUUUUUUUUUUCCAAAAAAGAUAAGCAUCAUCAAACUGGAACAGGAAACUGUGAAUUUAUUAAUGCUCAAAUAAAUACUACCUGAAUUAUCAAUGAGAUGGUUAUCAUUUUUGUGCGGAGGACCACGCAGAGGUUGCACCAUAUAUGGGUGACAGCAACAUUCACAAAGGUUAAUAGCAAGCUUCAAUAGUUCUUCUUCAUCCUCUCUAGAGCAAUUGCCAUUGUUUGUUAAAAUAUCACAUACCCACGUAUUAGUUGACUCUAUGAAGGCACGAUAAUACUGCAUCUGAACUUCCGACAUUCCGACCCUAAAAAUGGCUUCCUUAAUUUUGGGUAAUUCUGACUUAGGGUAUUGAGAAGGAAAUGAGCUGUAAAUCUGAAAUCCACAAAAAAUAAAAACAUAAGUAUAUAAACAUAUUAAAAAAAAAAUUGACUUAAUUGCUUCCCUUACCGCUUUCAUCAUUUCAAUAAUAACAGGUUUCUGAGCAAGCCCAAACUUAUACUUUCUGUUGGUAAUAAAAACUUUUGGCAGCCAGAAGUUAAGAAAAAUAGGAAGUUCAGAGAGGUCGCCAUCCAACUUUGGCAGUGUCCUAGUUAUCACCAUGCUACUCCUUGAUUCAAUGCUCAUCAACAUUUUCGACAACACGGACUUCUCUUUGGUGACCAAGUGAAUGUGAUCUACAAUGGUGCAUCGCCGUUUAAUUUUGGAGAGUUUAGACUCCUUUGCAACAUCUUUAAAACUAUACAUAUAUGUAAAUGUGAUAAGCUAGCUUCCUUCAAAUCAAGAUAUUUCACUGUAUUUAGCUCCGGAACAAUUUUAUUAAUCUUAUCAAUCCAAUGGUCCAUCAUCAACUUGGGUGUGAGAAUCAAAUGAGGACCAUUAAUCUU